UUGCGCAGGCGCAGAGGACUGGGAGACUGGAACAGAACAGAAGCGCGGCGAAUUCAAGAUGGCGGACAAGACGCUGGAAAAAACUCGUAAGAGAAGGCAUUUUGAAAUGGAUAGCGCACGACAAUCGCCCUUCCAAAGUCUCGAAAUUGUAGUCAAUCCUCGGGCAUAGUUUCAAAAGCACCGCGCGGUCUUAACGUUACUGAGUUCGCCGAGUCCAGGGCAUUGGAAAUUCAAAAUAUGACCCAGGCGUUGUCAAUGGCUGCGAAGCAGAGUAAUAAAAGAGUAUUUCAGUCAUUACCUCGACACAUGAGGAGACGUGCAGCCAGUCAUAAUCCCAAGCGAUUACCUGUUAGACUAAGAGAGGCACAUAACCGAGAGGUCUCCAAAUCGCAAGAGAAGCAGAAAGAGCCUUUGAAACAAAAAAAAUCACGCCGACAUCGACGGAAAGUCGGCAACCUUCUCAAAGAGUACAUUCGACGUCAAAAGAAACAUGUUUGGCUAGAGACGCAUGUUUGGCACGCAAAACGCUUUAAAAUGAUGGAGAAAUGGGGCUAUAAGAUUCCACUUCAUCCUAAUGAUAAGAGCGUACGUGCUUCUUAUAGAGCGAUGGCGUAUGGUUGUCUUCUGCAGGAUAUAUCUUACUAUCAAUGCAUCGAAAUUGAAGGAAGAGAGAAUUUGAUGUUGGCUGCAAUGAAACAUUUGACAAAUAAUGAAGUUGGUUUGACAAUGGCCGCUGCAGAUUAUAGGACUGGACAAUACGAAGGUCGUACUAUACUCUAUCGUUGUGACAAAUAUCCCAAUCACGUCAUCGGACCAGUCAUGUUUCUAUGGCAACAGACACUUGAUAGAGAAAGUUCUCGGAAACUUUGGGUGUGGUCACAUCCGUCAUGCGCAGACGAAGUUGCACAGGAAAUACAACAAGCCUGUUCCAUUGAGGCUUCAACGGAAUUUAUCAACACAAAACCGUGGCAAUGCAAGGACGAAGGCUCAAUAAGCGAGGAGUCUUCCACGAAGAUCACAGCAAAUGAAAACAACGAGUCUGAAGCUGAAAAGAAAGUUAAGUCCACGCCAUUAUCUGGGAAUGUUAAGGAUAAAAAUCAAACUGAAGAGGGACGCAAUAGGAUGGAUAACGAGAAAACAAAUACUUCAUUUAACCACAAUGAAAAGAAAGAAGGUCUUACAGUGACGGUCAUUCACGAAGAACUAGUAAGAUUUCGUUUGACUGGACCGAAAUCAUACACUCUUUUGGCGGCCACAUUGGAAUUGUGUAAUUGGCGUGUGAAACAAGUUGGAUCGCGAUGGUGGGAUAGGUACAUUGAAGAUAAAGAUAGGAUCAAGAUUAUUGUGGAACAAAACAAAAAUUGGGAACAAAUGAAAGGUUUGAUGUCACCUGGAAUGUUCAAAGCUGGCACCGUGAUGGCGUUAAUAGUGAAGGAUCCAAGGUUUGGUUUACCUGUAAGAAAAUCCAGCAUUGAUAUGGCGUCUGAAGAUAUCUACAACAAUAGGACGUCUACUGAUAUCGUCAUUCCAGACAGUUCACCAUCUCCAUUCUCUCCACUCUGGAACUCCGAGAUUCGUAAAGACGUCAAGAAAAGCAAGAUACCUGAAAAAGAUCUUAAUAAAUUGCGUUCACAGCAACGUGUUCCUGGUACAAAACUUGAUCUUGGAUAUGAUACGCCUAGAAUUCCUGUUUUGAUUAUCCAACAACCUGGCAACGAAGAAAACCUUCAGAAUUCUUCUCUCUACUUUGGCAGCGGUUGUGAUAUAGUACUUCCUGCCUCGUGGAGUAUGGCAUUCUGGAUAGCUCUUGUUUAUCGUGGGGCGCGUGUGGGCGGUGCACGUGAAUUGUUGACAUGUUCACGUGAGAAAGGCGUGCCGCAUUUUCCAUGUGAUUUCCCGGAUACGAAUGCUGGCUUCCAGCACAAUGAGGAACUGAAAAGGAGUGAAGAGGAUCAAUUUAAACGACAUCCACCAGCAAAACGGCCAAAUUACGACAAACUUGGGAUAACUUCUCCAUUUGGUCCUGACUGGAAUACAUUGGUUGCAGAAUGGUGUGGUGAGGUUGAAAGACUUGUGGUGUUGAUAAAAAACAUGAUUGAAUCCAACAAUUUCACCCUUAAGACAGAGACGGCUGAUUCUGAGAAAACCAUUCAUACGGAUACUGGUGAAUCUUCAGAGUCCAAGAUAUGUAGAAAGGAUAAUACUGAACACCAUUGUACAACAAGGGAUAGUUUAAGUGGUAAUGAGGACAAUAAUAAAACUGAGAACACCAAAGAAAAUGUUAUAGAGUCAGACAUACACUUCAAUGUCUUACGAUCGUUGUCGAUACGAAGAUGUCUUCGGGAUAUCACGGGAAGUUUAUCACCGGGUAAUUUAUCAUCUUGUAAAAAGCGCCGAGGUGGGACUAAGUCAAAACAUGACAUUCUAAAGUUUCUUUUAAACAAUGUCUCUUUGAAUUCUCGAUGUUUGAUCCAUCUUCAUGUUCGUCCUUUGAUGAAAGGAUCUCCUCAGAAUAACGCCAUAUUAUUCCUACCGACAGCAGAUGAUUUGAUGAAAUUACAGCAGGAUAAAAGCUACGGUGGUCCGGUGGAACAUGUACAUAAAACUUCACAAAGCUCAACAGUGAUUGGUCAAUCAUCUCGGAAAACUGUUGGCUGGAUUACAUCCGGCCAGUUUUCUUUUACACGUGGUCAAGGUUCAGCUAUUGGUUUAUGUACUUUCCCCGCAUUCAGUGAAUUGGUUGUAAGAACUUUACGGAUGAAAACCGGUCUUCUUCUUCUCGUGAGAAACUCCAACACAUUUCAAUAUCGAUUUGCGAGUGUUAUCGUUGUAUGAACGUCCAUAAAAUACUUUAAAUCAAAUAUUUAUUAUUGUGUAUUUAGAUUAUUGUGUGAAGAUAUAACUUGUAAAGGUUUUGUUCAAAAUAAUAACUUCUUCGGGAUUUUCCUCGUCCUUUUUUGAC